AUGUGUACCAACAGGGACAUGGGUCCAUCGGCUGUUGCAGCAGCUGACCAGGAUGGCGACCAGACAGAGGAUUCAAGCGAUGUCUUGGAGGAAUCGAGAAAGCGACCCAGCAGACAGAGGAAAUCAGAGAACCAGAUGAUGCCUCUGCUGUUGGGGCUCCAAGUGUACUUCCUACCUGGCGGGCAGUCACAUUUCAAGGGUACUGAGAAGACACCCAUCAGCCUGGAAAGUACAUUCAACCUGGAUCUGAGUACAUUCAAAAUCACUUUUCAGCAGAGAGCAGCUGGUCUCUCUUUUAAGCUGCUUCUAAGAUCUGCAUCCAAAAUAAGCAAAAGCAAGGAGAAAAACUUAGACCAAUCUUGGUUUUAG